UUCUAGUUUGAAAUUUCCGACCGCACUUGAAGACACCGCUUGACAAACCCUCUCGUAUCCAGAGCGCUACACGUCACGUUGCUGUCGUCAUCAGUACAUACAGGAAGUAAUGAUCCGCUGUGUGGUCAACGGAGAACGGAGGAAAAAAGAGCCGAAGAGAGAAGCGACACAACAAUGUCAUCUGUGCUCCAACCAGCUGCGGACUGAGAGCUGAAGAUCUAACUCCUGUGGUCAAGCCAGGCCUCCGUCCUCCAUGCCUGCUACCCCAGGCUUCUCCCGACUGGAGCAGAAUGAGUCGAUGAAUAAUCUGCGUAUUUCUGUAGGAGGCCUCCCUAUGUUGGCUUCCAUGGCCAACACCACUGACCCUCGAUUCCGCCUUAAAUGGAAGCCCAUUGUGGUGGUGGCUGUCUCCCUGGCCUUACUUCUGCUGCUCUUCAUGCACUUGAGCCCAGGCAUGCAUCCCCGUUCCUAUGUCGCCCACAGCUGGAGAUCAAGCCUCGGUGACUCUGAGCAGUAUGAGUCCCAUUACAACGACACCUACCCCCUCAGCCCGCCUGAGCGCACGCCGCAGGGCAUGCGCUACCGCAUCGGGGUCAUCGCCGACCUGGACACAGACUCUCUGAGUGAAAAGAAACAGACGUGGUUCAGCUACAUGCGGAGGGGGUACCUGCUGGUGUCCCAAAGCGGAGACAAAGUAGCAGUUGAAUGGGACGCUGAUAAGGUGGUGCUGGAGAGCCACCUGUCAGAGAAGGGCAGAGGUAUGGAGCUGUCUGAGCUGGUGGUGUUCAAUGGAAAGCUGUACAGUGUUGAUGAUAGAACGGGCGUCAUCUACCACAUUGACGGUGACAAGGCUGUGCCGUGGGUCAUCUUAACUGACGGAGACGGCAGUGUUGCCAAAGGGUUCAAAGCUGAGUGGAUGGCAGUGAAGGACAAGCACCUGUACGUCGGCGGUCUCGGCAAAGAGUGGACUACCACAGAGGGCGUGUUUGUCAACAACAAUCCUGAAUGGGUGAAAGUGAUGGGCUACAGAGGGGACGUACAACAUGAGAACUGGGUUCCCAGGUACAAAUCUCUGAAGUCUGCUGCAGGGAUUCAACCUCCAGGUUACUUAAUCCAUGAGUCAGCUGCCUGGAGCGACACCCUGCAGCGCUGGUUCUUCCUCCCUCGUCGUGCCAGCAAGGAGCGUUAUGAGGAGACAGCAGACGAACGACGGGGCACAAACCUUGUUCUCAGUUGUGCGCAAGAUUUCAUAGACAUCAUUGUAAGUCGAGUGGGUGAGCUUAACCCCACUCAUGGUUUCUCCUCAUUUAAAUUUGUGCCCAACACUGACGACCAGAUUGUCCUGGCUCUCAAGUCAGAGGAAGACGCUGGAAAGAUUACCACGUACAUCAUGGCGUUUACACUAGAUGGACGCAUCCUUUUACCCGAAACCAAGAUUGGGGACGUUAAAUAUGAGGGCUUGGAGUUCAUAUAAGUUAAUGGACAUGCUAUUGAGGCAACUGCACUGUUGUUCCAUUUUGUUUACAAUGCAGUCACUGUUGAAGGUACUGUGCUCGCUGCUUCCUCCUUGAGAAACGACUCCAACCCUUACAGUAUCGUCUUCAGUGUAAAGAAGAAGUAUGAACUGAAACUGUCAAAUAAGGUCCUGUUUUGGGGUUUUGAGGAACAAAUGCCAGCAAUAUCUUGUGAUGGAUCAUCUCCUUCUCAGGCUGAAUGUGACUCUCAACAGCACUGUAGCCUUCUCUUGAAAUGAAUGUACAAAAAAAAAAGAUUUAUCAGACUGUGACUACUUUUUCCUAAAGCAUUUUCAUUUGCAUACUGUACACUCUCAAAAGGUUAAAGGUUGUUCCCUCUCUGCUCCAUGUGAAACAAUCACUCUCUACACACCAGACAUGUUCUACAUUGGAAUAACCUAAGGUCUGAUUUUAUUCUUCCUACAACUCAACACAAAUUGAAGGACAUUUUUGUGAAUCAAUCUGUGUGUAAUGUUUUUGGUGCGAUGGCUGAGUAAAACCUUGAUUCUUA